UCAACCAGGAAGCGAAUGGCGGAAAUUUAGAUCCACCUCACCACUCACGCUUUCAGCUCGCAGUUUUUAGGGCAGAUCCGUUUUUGUCCUGAAUGGAGAGGCCAGCCGAGUAGACAGCAGAUGUCUUCAGCUAAAAACGGUGGACGAUUUUGAAGAAACGAUGUCGUCGCGUCUAACUACACGGCAGGAUCGGUAAAGUGUAUGGACGGAUAGCCUGCUGAGAGAGUCCUGUCACUGACAGCCUGCCAGAUUAAACACCGACACAUGGCCAUCCUCAGCUAGCCGAGGAAGACGACGUGACAAGACGACCAAACUAGCAUCAUGUUCCUGAAAACAUCUUUCACCACUGUGAUUGUGGGGGUGUUUGUGGUGUACGUGCUCCACACCUGCUGGGUGAUGUACGGGAUAGUGUACACUAAACCUUGCGACAGCCCCACAGGUGACAACUGUAUCACACCCUUCUUGGCAGGUGACCCAAAACUACAGUUGAGUAUCUACACUGCACUGCAGCCCAAUGCAGAGGGAGGACAUACUUUGAUCUACAAAGAGGAAAAAUUUGAUGUCAACAGCAAGUUUGAGAGGAUAGUAAAUGUCUCCCUCCCUAAGAAGACCCGCAACAAUGGAACUUUAUAUGCGCUAAUAUUUGUCCAUCAAGCUGGCGUCACUCCGUGGCAGGAUCCACAACAGGUCCACUUGGUGGCUCAGCUUACCACAUACAUGGUCCCUAAACUGCCUGAAAUCUCUUUGAUAUCUGGCGAGGAUCAAACACAGGGUCAGAAAGAAGAAGCCCAGCAGAAGAGACGUGACGGUAACCCUACGGCAGGGGGUGGAGCUGGUCCCACGUCCAAGGCCGACCACCCAGUUUCUCACUGGCGCACUCGCCUGACACUCAACAUUGUCGGCGACCACUUCCUGUUUGACAGAGAAUACCUGCCUAGUGAUGUCCACAGAUACCUCAGAGUAUUCCAAAAUGGUAAGAAGAUGGUUUAUCUACCUCUGCUGUUUGUUGAUGAGCUCAGCAACCGGGUCAAGGACCUUGUGGAGAUCAACAGUACCUCCAUGGAGCUCCCUUUGACCAUCUCCUACGACUCUAUCUCUCUUGGGAGGCUACGAUUCUGGAUCCACAUGCAAGACGCUGUUUUCUCUCUGCAACAGUUCGGUUUCACAGAAAAGGAUGCUGAUGAGAUUAAAGGAAUCUUUGUGGACACCAACCUGUACUUCCUGGCUCUGACCUUCUUUGUAGCUGCCUUCCAUCUCCUCUUUGACUUCCUGGCAUUCAAGAACGACAUCAGCUUCUGGAAGCAGAAGAAAAGCAUGGUGGGAAUGUCCAGCAAAGCAGUGCUGUGGCGUUGUUUCAGCACCAUCGUGAUUUUCCUCUAUUUGUUUGACGAGCAGACCAGCCUGCUUGUCCUCAUUCCUGCUGGCGUCGGCUCUAUCAUUGAAGUAUGGAAAGUGAAGAAGGCCUUGAAGAUUCAGGUUUUCUGGAAAGGAGGCAAACCAACAUUCCUGUAUGGGAAAUCAGAUGAAUCGGAGAGGAGAACAGAAGAGUAUGAUACUCUGGCCAUGAAGUAUCUCUCAUACCUUCUUUACCCAUUGUGUAUCGGAGGGGCUGUGUAUGCUCUAAUAUUCCUACGAUAUAAGAGUUGGUACUCAUGGUUGAUCAACAGUUUGGUUAAUGGUGUAUAUGCCUUUGGCUUCCUCUUCAUGCUUCCUCAACUGUUUGUCAACUAUAAGCUGAAAUCUGUGGCCCACCUGCCCUGGAAAGCCUUUACGUACAAGGCAUUCAAUACCUUCAUCGACGAUGUGUUUGCCUUCAUCAUCACCAUGCCAACGUCCCACAGACUGGCCUGUUUCAGGGACGAUGUGGUGUUUCUCAUUUACCUCUACCAGAAAUGGCUCUACCCAGUGGACAAAACGAGAGUAAAUGAAUACGGAAUUUCUUACGACGAAAAACCUAAAGGAAAAACUCACAAGGACUAGUGAGGAAAGACUUUUUGGCUUCCAUGAUCUGGUAUCUUGUCUUCAGUCCACAGGUAUCCACUGAUUGGUUUUGGUCCUUUAGUAUCAACUGAGCUGGUUUAACGGUCCAGAGGCCCCUAGGAAAAAUAUUUUGGGCUCUGUUCAGUUAGUUGUAAAUGGACGCAUCAACAUCCUUGUGUUUUUAUGACUUUUUGCUCCGUCCCAUAGUGCGAAGUGUCGAAAAGUCAACAUCUGCUUAUCUGCCUCAUGCAGUCUGGAGAAUGUUUUUGUUUUGCAGUGUGUGAUGGGACAGGAAGAUCAUUAAGAUAAACCUCUAACCCAUUUCAAACUGAUGCAACAACCUGUGAAAAAAACGUGUUUCUCAUUGGUGCGAAUGGCCAGCACCCUGCUCACGACUAUGACCGUGUGUACCACAGGUCAGACACUGCUCACCUUUGGUAUGAAAUAGUACACUGAUUACUAUAGUAACUCUACUAUAGUAGAUAUCGGUGGCCAUUUUGAGCCUUCUCAGCUAGAAAUUCUGUUCUUCACAAAGCCAGUCACAUUCCUUGUUUAUUGGAACAGCUCCAUACUGUCAUUAUAUCACUGGAUGUCUUUUUUUUUUUUUUACCUGGAUUUCCAGCUUUGCAUGUCUGCAAAUACUGGUUUGGUUGUGCUAAGCUGCAAGAGGAAGGUAUGAUUUAUUACAGAAGUGUGGGACUCCAAAUUAAGAUGAAACUGACUUACUUUAUUUUCAGAAUUUUAAUAGCAAUGUUAAAAAGGGAUUUAUUAUAAAUUUUUAUGUUUACAAAAAUUUCAAUUAAUUAACUGACUGCAUACAUUUUGAGAAGAACUGCUUUGAAGAAUGAUAUAUCUAAAUAUAUUGAUUUUUCCAGAUAAUCAUUCCAUAAAGUGUGAUACAUCGGAGCUUUCAAGUUUUCAAGUUUCCCAGUUGAAGUCGAUGUAUUGUUAGCUCAGUUAAUCAUUUCUGAUGCAGAAUUUGAGUGCUUUUCUAGAAAUUAUAUGAAAUUGUGCUAAUUAUGUUUCAAUAUUGCUCAGUGAAAAGGUUGUUAAAAAUGUGCCUCUUAGAAAGUAUCAAUUUGUAGACAUUUCAAGUUCUUUUUAUCCAAAAUGAUGAAGACAAAGCUUUCGUGUUUGAACCCUGGUCCAAAUUCAAGAAUGACAGAUCCUGUUUAACCUUCCUGUUAAAGCGGGAAUAUACAUGCUUAAAAUGACUGAGGCAGGAGACAAAGAAAAGGGCACUUCAAAGGAAACAAAGAAUUAAUGAGAAAUGUCAAAUACAACUCUAACUUUAAGAGUUUUACAAAUGUACUUUCCACUGAUAUACUGAUGGCUGUUAAUAGCAUCACAAUAGCAGAUUCUGAUUUGUUGCCAUGGUGAAGGGGAUACAUUGCCUCAAUGUUUCAGAAUCUUUAUCUGCAGUAGAAGCAGAGAAGAUUCUGAUUUGUCGCCAUGGAGAUAGGGAUAACUUGCCUAAACGUUCUAGAAUCUUAAACUUGACCGUUCCAGAAUAUGUUGAGUUGAACUCUCUUGAGUCCACCCAUUAAACAAUAUUGACUUUUAAUACACUGUUAAGCUGCCUACACAUAAGAGGUAAAACCAUGAGGUAGGGUGCAGCUGUACAUCGUCAUUGCUCCUGGCUUUGGUUGAGCCUUGAAAGGUCAGCCGCAACAAGGUCAAUGUUGAAAUCAUUUUAACUUUGAGCGCAGCGCUUGCCAGCAAUUCCGAGCGGUGCGCUACGCCGAGGUAUAGCGCUUCCUCCCUAGUUGUCUCCAGUGCUCUUCCCAAAGGAAAACAAUGGCACAGCCAGCGCAGAGCGGUUUUUACCGUGGAUCAUGUUUAACACAGGAGGGUACCACUGAAAGCCAUACAGUCCUUUCCAUCCACUCUAGUUUUGUAAUGUUACCUGCUUGAGUAUUUUCUUUUACAUAUUAGGGCCAAGUAAAUAUGUUGGUGCCAAAUGUGAGAAUGAUUCUUUAAACUACUUCUGAGCUUUGUAUGUUCACCAUAAAUGGUCCAUCUGAUGUUUUUAAAUAUACAUUGUAAGGUAAAUGGUAAGACUUGAGGAAAGUAUUACUAUAUUUGGAUUUACAGUCACAUUUUUUAAAUAGAAGCUAUAUGGAAAAAUUAGGUCUGUGCACAAAGAUCAGCACAGUUUGUCUAUGCAUGUGUAAUAAGGCCAGGAGAGAUACGCCAGAUAAUUGAAAUGGUUUUCCUUUUUUGUAAUGUUCGUGUUUUUGGUUGUGAUUAAAUAAAAUUGUUGACUGAA